AUGGUUGAACAGGCGGAAAGGCUCUGGACCUACGACGCAGUGGAAUCAGGACAAUACGGCGCGGAGACGACGGUGGAGAUAACUGAGGAAAACAUCUCCCGUUACGCCGAAGUCGCCCUCAACGACGACCCUCGCUAUCGCGGACCGGCGCCGACGUUGGCCAUGCCAACGAUGGUGCUCAGCUACGCCGUGCUGCUGCGGGAGGAGAUCGCGGAAGCCAAUGGUUUCGUUGGGUACGAGCAGUCACAGACCGCGCGAAAGCAGACUCCUUUCGCCAAGUGCGAAAUCCGCUGGCACCACCCCGUCCGCGUCGGGGACGUCAUCACCGGCAAGCGAGGGGUGCUGGAGAAGUACGAGCGCCGAGGCAGCCGGUUCGUCACCUUCCGCGUUGAGGGAAUCAAUCAGCACGGCAUAAAGGCCGUCGAGUACGACUACACCUGCAUCUUCGACUACGCCAAGGGACAGCGCGAAGUGCCCGCCAGUUCCACCCACGCCAACCCUCAACCCGCGGAGAGGAAAGACAGGGCAAAGGCGGCGGCUGGACUUCGAUUCAGCGGUGGAAGGGACGGCACUGGCCGAUCUGAACAUCACCGAGAGACAGGACGUCAUAAAUCGCCGCGGCGCCUUCCGUCUGGCGGGACGGCCGCCCAGUGA